AUGUUUGCAGAGUUGCUGUGCAGCGCCGUGGCUCUGGUCCUGUAUGUCAACACUUUGGGCGCCGAUUUCUGCUACGAUGACAGCCGUGCAAUCAAGACCAAUCAGGACCUGCUUUCAGAAACCCCCUGGACAAAUAUCUUCUAUGAUGACUUCUGGGGCACGUUACUCACACACAGUGGCAGCCAUAAGUCUUACAGGCCACUCUGCACCCUCUCCUUCCGCCUCAACCAUGUUGUGGGUGGGCUGGAGCCCUGGGGUUACCACUUGGUUAACGUGGCCUUCCACGGGGCUGUGACAGGCCUGUUUACCUUGUUGGCUCGCCUGCUGCUUGGAGGAGGCCUGUGGAGCCUGUUGGCCGGACUGCUCUUUGCUUCUCACCCAAUCCACACUGAGGCAGUGGCGGGUGUCGUGGGCCGGGCGGAUGAAGGAGCCGCCCUGUUCUUCCUGCUGUCCCUGCUGUGCUACAUACGUCACUGUAAGCUGCGAGGCCACGCCAGGCCCUGGCAACUCGUGGCAUGGUUGGUGGGUAGCCUGGGCUGCGCUGCUUGCAGCAUGCUGUGGAAGGAGCUUGGAGUGACCGUCCUGGCUAUAUCGGCACUGUACGACGUCUGUGUUUUCCACAAGCUUAAACUGCGGCAGGUCAUCAUGCUUUUCUAUAAGAGAAAUAACGUUCACCUGCUGCUGAGUGUGUUUUUGCUGGCAGUCUGGGGAGCCGUCCUGUUGGCCUGCCGCUUCUACUGGAUGGGCAACAAGCCCCCCAAUUUUUCCAACUCUGACAACCCAGCAGCCGACUCCAACUCGCUCCUCACCAGGACAUUAACCUUUUUCUACCUUCCUGCCAUCAACUUUUGGCUUUUCCUCUGCCCGGACACACUCAGUUUUGAUUGGUCAAUGGACGCCCUGCCUUUGAUCAGGAGUCUUGCUGAUUGGAGAAACUUUUAUACAGCAGCCUUUUACCUUGGAUUGCUGUUGCUGGCUUGGUUCAGUCUGUGGACGCACCAGACUGCCAAGGGAAAGGAAACCAAUGGUAAAGCGCAUCAUUAUACCAAUGGCAGGAAUGGGAACAGUAAUGGUCACAGUUACCAAUAUCAUGAACAUGAACAAAUUAACAACUCCCACACAAACACUCACAUCAAUAGUGCGCAAAAUGGUACCAAAAAGCACUAUGAGAGCAGGACUCCCCUGCCCACCUCUGAAAAUGUUGUGGUGUUCUCUCUGGGCCUGUUAGCUAUCCCUUUCCUCCCUGCCACAAACCUGUUUUUCUACGUAGGGUUUGUGAUAGCAGAAAGAGUACUGUACAUCCCCAGUAUGGGCUUUUGUCUGCUGGUGGCAGUGGGGAUGAGGUCCCUGUACAUCCGACUACGACGCAGGUCCUCCAGGACAAUGCUGGUGUACUGCAGCGCAAUCCUUGUUCUUCUUUUUGGUGUCAAAACUGUUUUAAGGAACCGGGACUGGGCAAAUGAGGAGAUGCUCUACAAGUCAGGGAUUUAUGUCAAUCCUGCUAAAGCAUGGGGCAACCUUGGAAAUGUCCUAAAGAGCCAGGGCAACAUGGAGGAGGCUGAGCAGGCGUACAGAAAUGCCCUCUAUUACCGCAGCAACAUGGCCGACAUGCUGUAUAACCUCGGUUUGCUGCUACAGGAGAGCAACAAGUUCUCAGAGGCACUCCACUACUAUAAGCUGGCCAUUGGGAGUCGACCAACUCUGGCUUCGGCCUACUUGAACACAGGCAUCAUCCUAAUGAAUCAGGGUCGCCUAGAUGAGUCCAAGCGCACUUUUCUAACCUGCGCUGAUAUUCCAGAUGAGAACCUGAAGGACCCCCACGCCCACAAGAGUUCAGUCACCAGCUGCCUGUACAAUUUAGGCAAGCAGCUCCACGAGCAGGGACAUCAGGAGGAGGCCCUCUCCGUGUUUAAAGAAGCAAUACAGAAAAUGCCAAGACAAUUUGCACCACAGAGUCUCUACAACAUGAUGGGCGAGGCCUACAUGAGACUAAACAAGCUGACUGAAGCUGAACACUGGUACCAAGAGUCCCUGCGAGCCAAGCCGGACCACAUUCCUGCACAUCUCACCUUUGGCAAACUCCUGGCUAUAACCGGGCAGAAAACAGAAGCGGAGAAGUACUUCCUGAGGGCCAUCCAACUCGAUCCCACUAAAGGCAACUGUUACAUGCAUUAUGGUCAGUUUUUGUUGGAAGAGUCACGGCUGCUGGAAGCGGCGGAGAUGGCAGAGAAAGCUGCACGCCUCGACAGCGGGGAGUUUGAUGUGGUCUUCAGCGCAGCCCACAUGCUCAGACAAGCCAGCCUAAAUGAGGCAGCCGAGAAGUAUUACGGACAAGCAGCAAGCCUGAGACCCAAUUAUCCUGCAGCCUUGAUGAACCUGGGGGCAAUCCUCCACCUCAAUGGGAAACUGCAAGAAGCUGAAGCCAAUUACCUCCGAGCACUGCAACUGAAACCGGAUGACACCAUCACCCAGUCCAACUUGCGUAAGCUGUGGAACAUCAUGGAGAAACAGGGCCUGAGGACCAUGAGCCCCUGAUCUCACCCU